AUGGAACGUGACUUGAGUAACAAGGUCGUCGUGGUCACAGGCGGUGCACAAGGGUUAGGGUUAGCGAUAGCCAAGGCGUUCCUCGACAAAAAUGUUAGAACAGCCAUCCUCCUUGAUGUCAACGAAAUAUCCGGUGCUAAGGCAAUAGACACUCUUGCCCCCGAGUACGGUAAGAACAAAGCUGUUUUCAUCAAAUGCGAUAUCACUACAGACUUGGAUGCAGUUUUCAAGAGAAUUCUUGAUGAAUACAAAACAGUAGACGUAUUGGUGAACAACGCUGGAGUUGUUUCUGAAUUUAAUACAAAGAAAUGUAUAGACAUCAAUCUUACGGCUACAAUAGAUUGGACUAUAAAGUUUUGGGAGUAUAUGAGGCAAGAAGGAAAUGGAGGUACUAUUAUAAACAUAGCCUCAGUGUACGGGUACCUGAUAGACCCUUAUAUACCUAUAUAUAAAGCGUCUAAAUUUGGCAUCUUGGGCUUCACGAGAUCUUUCGGACAUGAAUACAAUUACAAGAGGUAUGGUGUACGCGUUGUUGCCAUCUGUCCAGGAUUUACUAACACUGGAAUGACAGAAUACAUUUUGACAAGUAAAGAUGAGCAAGUACAGAAAGAAUUUGAUGCGUAUAUCAAAAGAGGAAUUUGGCAAGAAUCGGAUUCAGUAGGCAGAGCUGCAGUAGAAGUGUAUAUGAGUGCUGAAUCUGGUACUGUAUGGAAUAUUGAAGGUGAUAAAGCUAUUAACAAAGUCUGCUGA